CAGCAACAGCUAGCGGCCAGCAGCUAUCUUUGUCGGGGACGCGGCGUAUUAACAUGCAAAAGUUUAGAAACACCGAUUCCUCGUCCUGAAUAGAGACAGGAGCGACGCUCGACGAAACCUGGGACGGCUGUGGAAACCAUGGCUCGUGGCUGGCUUUCGGAAUAGCGAGUUAUUUGCGUUAAUUUGAAGCUUCAAAUGUGUGAAAAGUCGCUUGGUCUCUCCUCGUCGUUGAACAAGAUGGCAGCAGCAGCAGCAACAGCAGCAGCAGCAUCGUUGCAGGAUUUGACUGUGGUGCGGGUCCUCGUUGCUAGCCUGUUCCUUGACGCUCUGGGUGAUACAAUUUAUAGGUCUUACUGAAGGUAUGGCCUCACAAGUCUUGGUCUACCCAUCACACCUGCACUCAGCUCAGACAAGUGCCUUAGGAACCAGCAGCAGUGGUACGAGCAGACACAAAGACGAAGCUCACCGCAGUAAUAACACCAGCAGAGCCUUUCAGCACCGACCCACGUCCAAGACCUAUGUGAUCGGAGUCAACUACGGUAUUGCCUAUCCCAACAACGUUAUCCCAUCCUCAACCGGUGCUGAUUCAGCAAGACUUCACAGGGGACUACAGCUUGGAGAGAGGGAGGAGUGGGGAUUGCAGACUGUAGGAUUACAGAGACAAGAGAGCUGGGAGAGGCAAAGAGAAGGUCCAGCUGGGAUCCAGGAGUCUCUUUGCCAGAGCAGAGGCCCACAGGAAGUGAGGCUUCGUAGAGACAGUGGUGGAACUCCAUCAGGAGGAGGCUUGGACUGCGGGAUACUAAGGAGGGCCUGUAUCAGAGCAGAGGAGGAAGAGGGCAUAAACAGGAUAGUACAAGCAGUAGGAGGAUACGUCAGCCUUGUAGACACAGGUGCCACACAGAGAUGUGAACAGAAGGAAGGUGAAGGUGGAGAACAUCUGCGGGCGAACAACUGCGUCAGAACCAUGCAGAUAGUGGAGGAGGUAUCUGCUCUACCUUCACUUCCUCCCCCUGUGGCCAUGUUGCAAACCAGCACCGGGAACAAUGCAGACACUGUCAGAGUAGGGGGUGGAGGGACACUGCCCUCUCAACACAGCAGGGUUGAGGCCGUGACCGGCAUGGGAAUCAGGGUGGAUGGGACCGAAAUCAGGCCUAAUGGCAGCACUGAGACAGUGGCAGGAGCUACAGUGACGAGAACUGGAUCAGGAGAUGGUGACUAUCAGUUAGUUCAGCACGAGGUUCUGUGCUCCUUGAAGAACAGCUAUGAGGUGUUGGAGUUUCUGGGUCGUGGCACCUUUGGUCAGGUGGUUAAGUGCUGGAAGAGGGGAACGAAUGAAGUGGUGGCUGUUAAAAUACUAAAGAACCAUCCAUCCUAUGCACGCCAGGGACAGAUAGAGGUGGAGAUCCUGGCCCGGUUGAGCAGCGAAAAUGCAGAUGAGCACAAUGUGGUGCGUGCUCUGGAGUGCUUUCAGCACCGCAGCCACACCUGCUUGGUGUUUGAGAUGCUGGAGCAAAAUCUUUAUGACUUCCUCAAACAGAAUAAGUUUAGUCCACUGCCACUCAAAAUCAUCAGGCCCAUUCUGCAGCAGGUGGCAACGGCCUUAAAGAAGCUGAAGUGUCUGGGUUUGAUCCAUGCUGACCUGAAGCCAGAGAACAUCAUGUUGGUGGACCCCUCCAGGCAGCCCUACAGAGUCAAGGUCAUUGACUUUGGCUCAGCCAGCCAUGUCUCCAAGGCUGUCUGCUCCACUUAUCUGCAGUCCAGAUACUACAGGGCUCCAGAGAUUAUUUUGGGCCUGCCAUUUUGCGAGGCCAUAGACAUGUGGUCACUGGGCUGUGUGAUAGCUGAGCUCUUUUUGGGCUGGCCCCUCUACCCCGGAGCACUGGAGUACGACCAGAUCCGGUACAUCUCUCAGACUCAGGGCCUGCCCACCGAGCAGCUGCUCAACAAGGGGACCAAGACUUCUCGUUUCUUUUCCAAAGAGUCCGACUCUCCAUAUGCCACCUGGAGACUAAAGACAACAGAAGAGCAUGAGAAGGAGACAGGACUUAAAUCCAAAGAGGCCAGAAAGUACAUCUUCAGCUGUCUGGAUGACAUAGCACACGUGAACUUGGUGCUGAGUCCUGAUAACAGUGACAUGCAGGCAGAGAAGGCAGACAGGAGGGAGUUUGUGUCUCUGCUGAAGAGCAUGCUGCUGAUCGAUGCUGAGGACAGGACCGUUCCAGCUAGCGUCCUCAAUCACCCCUUCCUCACUAUGACUCAUCUGCUAGACUACCCACACAGCAACCAUGUGCAGUCAUCUUUCCGCAUCAUGGACAUGUGCCACAGUCGGCCCACCAAUGCAGUGUUUGACGCUCUGAAUCAGAACACCAUUCAUUUCUCAAGACCACCGAUAGCCCCCACUGCCUCCUCUGGCCUCCCUCUGGGCUACGGCAACAUACCAGUCCACACUCAAGCUAUGAACCAGUCAGCUCCUUCAGUGUUGCAUCCUGGGAUAGCUCUGACAACAGGAAAUGGUCAGUUUGGGUGCACUGACUCGUUCCCACCUGCCCUUCUUCUUUGCCCUCCCACCAUGCAAGGUAACCUUAACCAACCAGCAGGGUUUUCUGUUCCCAUGGUAACUCAGGCCCCUCCUAUACAGCCCUUACCUGUGAGACCUGGUGUGAUUGCUCAGCAGGCCUGGUCCAACCGAGGGCAGCAGCUCCUCGUCCCAGCAGCGUGGCAGCAAAUGACUCCAGUGGGUCCUCCUCCCUCUCACCCUCCUCCACCACCCCCCUCCUCCCUUACCAACGACACCACAGCUGGCCCACAGAGAAUCAGCGACUGGGGGAAAUUGCGUCCCCACAGCAGCCACUACACUUCAGUGAUGCAACAGCCUCUCCUGACUAAUCAGAUGCCAGCCCUCUCUGCCCAUCAGCCAAUCAACAUUGGCAUAGCUCAUGUAGUGUGGCCCCAGCCAGCCAAUAAGAGGAACAGACACAGUCACAACAGGAAUCUGUCCCACCCCAACAACAUCCAUGUGUCAGCAUGUCGGACCCCCAAGAUGGCCAAUGUUGUUGGACAGGCAGUGGCACGAAGAGAGCAGCCUCAGAGGGAGCAGCCUCUGGUGGAAACCAGACAACUGGGAGUUCGUAACACAAAUGAAGAGGAAAAUGAUGUGGAGGAGGAAGUGAGCUGCUUUAAAGAAGUGGUACCAAAUGGUAACAGCCAGCUGGACCUGUCCAGUCAACAACAGCGAGAGGUGGCAGUUCUGAUGGGUGACACGCCGAGCCCUGCUGCCAGUGUGAUCAGCAUUCGCAGUGAACUUACUGAUGGGGAGGACGAAGAGGAUGAAGACUCUCAGAGGUGCCAUCUGAGCGAGUGUAAAGAGGAGUGUGUGUGUGAGGCAUGCAGAAACACCAGUGUGUCUAUGGAGAGAGUGUGUUCCCUCAGCAGCCCCGACAGCAGCCUCAGCACCAGUUCUUUUGCUUCCAACUCUCUUCAGUCCAGCCCCUCUGUCUCACCAUGCAAGAGGCCCAACAGCAUGUCUGAGGACGACGGCCACGAGAGUGGCUGUGACACAGUGGAAGGCUCCCCCACGUCCGACACAUCAACCUCCCCGCGCAGCAACAGUCCCUACCGUUACCUCGACAACAGUAACCACAACAACCGCCCACCUUUGGCUGCCAUGGUAGCACCACUGCCUUCCCCUGCAGUGCAGGGCAGGAGCCCCCGUGGCAUCAGGACCAUGGUGGUUCCACCAAUGAGAGUCCAGAACAACAACAGUCAAGGGACAGAGCAGCGCGGUCAGAGAACAGUCUCAGAGUCCUGGUCCCGGUCCAAAGGGCGCUGCAGUCUCGCAGGACAACAGAGCACUCCUUCCUCCAUCCCCCUUCUCCCAUCCGCCCCCCUCCUGUCCCGGCAGCAAAAAGUGACAGGGCAGCAGCAGCAGCACCCUCUGGGCUUUGGACAGGUGCAGCCGUACGGUUCAAACCACAGCAACAAAGAGUGGAACGGCAACUAUGGGCCAAUGCGACCACACGCCUACAUCCCCCCUACUGUCCACACACACACCUUCACACACCUGCCACACAGCAGCCCCACACACACUUCAGCCGGCCCGCACACACAUACCCAAGGCCUGCCCACACACACCCUUCUGUCCUACCCUCCCAACGCCCCCCUCCCCGCCGGUCACCACCCUCACCCCAUCCUGCCCUCUCGCCCUCCCCCACCACCUCUCCUCCAGCACAGUUACAGUCUCUCCCACCCCCAAGGAGGCGCUAUAGUUCACCAGGUGACCCUGGGUAUCAGCACCCACCCCCACCACCCUGGACACCCAGCUGCCCACCCACACAGGCUCCUCCCCUCCCCGACCAUCCACCCGCAUCACCAGCCAGGUUACGCCCACCACCCCCACCAGUUCAAGCCUCCCUUCCCCCCUCCUCACCCUUACAUGGCCUCCCCGGCCGCCUUCACAGGCUUCCCUCUGAGCCCCACCAAGCUCAGCCACCACCCCCAGUUCUCUUAUAUCUGAGGAGCAGGACGGGGCCGCAGCACUACCUUCUGGUGAGGAAGGGCAACGGGAAAUGGACUGGGGCUGCGACCUGGUCAGGUAGAGCAAGCAGCAGAGCACAAAACGGACACUUAUGAUAACGAAGAUGAGGAUGAAGAAGAUAUGGUUAACAAGAGGAGGAUUGAUAACAUUAUGUUUCAUCGGGGACUGAGAAAGGCAAACAAAAGUAACGAUGCUGAAGAUGACGUUUUAUGGUGUUUCGAGGACAAAUUUACAGUCUCUGCAAUCUGGAGUUUCACGUCAAAAGUUAGUGAUCGUGUUUGAUUGUCAGGGCAGCUUCAGCUCUGAAAGACUUCCUGCAAAAUCAUGUCAGCCAACAGAGGAAACAAUGAUCGAUUUAAACCACAAAGCUUUAUAAGAGAGCGUCACGAGAGUGAAUGAAUUCACAAAUUAUAAUGAUAAGGAAAUUUUAAUUAAGAAUGUGUCCUUUGCACAUUACCUCCUGUCAUUUGUUGUUUGACUAGUGUUCAGAGAAUAUGAUCUAAUUUGAGGCUGGAAAUCAUUUGUUGUUGUUGUUGCUGUCAGGGUGGUCAGCCCCACCUUACCCUUUAUCUUUGUUGCCUUGUAGCAUGUGCUAGCCGGUCAGAUCUGUUUGUUAAGCCAUCCCAGUCUGUAUUAACCAGGAUUGAAUGCUCCUGUCUGUGAGGCAGACGUUACUGCUGCCAUCGCCUAGUGCCUUAAAACCAGUGUCUAUGACGUUACUUCAGGAGCUUAUAGAUUGUAAAUUAAAAUGGGCUUGCAGCACUUAACCUUCAGACUCUGAACAUGACGGGCGUGUUGGAUAAGUAAUGCUUGUGGUUAUGUUGUAAUAUUGGCAAAUGUUGGACUUAAGUUUGCUUUCUAACUCAGAGUAUGGAUUUACUUUAGCUAGAGGCUGCACAUUUAGGGCUUUGACUGAAUGAGCUUUUUAUGUACAUAAAGAGUGAUUUGAUAUUUUGAUAAUCGAUUUCUAUUCACUAUAGUACUUAAUUCAUAACAGUAUUGUCACUGUUUACUGUAACUGCAAUACAAUCUAGAUAGCCUCUGGGUUGCUGUGUUUUUAUUAUUUAGCAUUUAGACUAGACGUGCAUUAAUGCAUUUAAUGUUUUAGUUUUUGGGAGUGGCAUAGACUUUUAUGUUUUUACUUUUAAAUGCUUCUCAGUGUUUGAAAUAACCUAUCAACUUACAGUAUCAUUGCUGGGCUAUUGAUUGUUAGAGGUGUUUCGGUAAUUGUUUCAGAUAUUUGUGUGAAACAGACCUUUUUUUUGUCCAUGUAUUGAAGCCUGUUGUCAGUUUUGAUACAUUCCUUCAGGGUGGAUGCAUAGCCUUGAUUUUUGUGUGUGUGUGUGUGUGUGUGUGUGUGUGUGUGUGUGUGUGUGUGUUUUUGAUUUCCAGUGUGUAGUAGAGCUGCGUCUUUACCUGUCGUCAUAUCAGCUGGUAUUUUACUCCAAUCAGCACCAAAGACUGUUCGUUAAUCAUUUCUGAAGCAUGGUCGAUACUAUUUCUCCUUUUCACCUCCAGCAUACUGUUGCAGUUAUCAACAUUGGAAUAUAUUGUGAGAUCUCUAUUUUAAAAAUGAGGUUGAGGUUUUAUUUUUCUGAGCUAUGUUUGGCAAAUUGCAUUUGGAAUGUAUAGAUAAUAAGCUGCUAUGUACUGAUUAUCUGCCACUUCGUAGCUGUGAAUUUAGAGGAAUAAUCUCAUUCUAGCCUGCAUUCUCUCUUUUGUAUUGUAGUUUGAUGACUAGAUACAAUAGAAGUGGGGUUUAUUUUAUAUAGUAUAUUGAAUGCUAUUCCUAUAUGCUAGUGCCUCUGUAUAUUAGCUUUGUUGUUUUGAAGUGAUUGUAAACUGCUGUAAUGGAAGUUAUCAGUUUUCUUUUUUUUUUUAUUCUGUUGCUUUAUGGUGUGUGUGUGUGCGUGUGUGUGGGUGUGUGUGUUUUUGUGCGUGUGCAUUUAGCAUCAGUAUUUUCAAAUGUAGGCUGGGUUCACUGUUGGAUUCUGUAACCGGUGUGUCGUUGAUGUAUUAUCGUUUCUCUCGUUUUCUUUCUGACGACAUGGCUUUUGUUUCCGUUAUCGGACUGUAUUUGCAACUCUUUGUACUGUACAACUAGUGCCUUUCUUCAAACAAGUGGCUGACAGAUGACGUCUUGCAUUGAUAUUACAGCGGUCGGAAAUUUGUAGACUAGUUCCUUUCCGAGGGGAUCAGCUCCUAUUUUCACAUCACGAAACCCCAAAGUUGUUUGUUUGUUAGACUGAGAUGAGGUCUGGAAACAAUCUCUUUUUUACAGAAUCCUAAGAAAGUACAAGUCAGGGAAGUGUGUGUUAUCGCGCUCACAAAGAACACCGUGCAGUACUCAAAAAAAAAAACAUAGGGCCUGAAUAUACACAAAUGCAAAGCUUUAUUCCCGCACCGUGAAUGUAUUUGUGGAACUCAAGACAUCAGUUUUUUGGUUUGCAAAUGAGUUGUUGUUGCAUUUCUGAUGGCUAUACAGUGUUUUCUCUCAUCUUGUGAUUGGGAUGUUGAUAGUUCUUAUAUGCAGCUAUUACCAUAGGUAGAUAUCAUCAUGUGUUUGAGUCGAGGGGUCCUUUCAAAAAUGCUUUAUCCAUCAAUCGUACUCAAAUUGUAGGUCCAAAGUUGUCCCAUCCUCAUGUACGGCAGCGUAUUUCUGCCACCAUCACAAAAAACAUUUUGUCUUUCUUCUCAGUUUCUUGUUAUAACAAGAUUUUAUAUUUAUAUGAUGCUAUAACAACAUUUGGAUCAAUAUAUGUUGGUUUAAUGAAAUUUUGGGUUAUACAAGAUAAGGCUUUAUGAUCUAACAAGAAAUUUUGGGGGGAUAAACUGAACAAGUUGGUAUCGAGUCAUAGUGAAACAUAACAUUAAAAAGAUCAUUAAAAUGAGAGGCUUCUUGUCACGAUAAGAAACUGAGCAAAUAUUUUUUUGUCAUGGUGCUACUCUACUUAAUGUAUUACAUUAUAAUGGUUUUGCUAUGUUGCUUAAAGUAAUGGGUGUAUUUUGUGUACUCGUCUAAUCUGCUACUGUGUUGACAAGACAAGCGAGAGGAUGCACUGUUCAGCUCGCAGUACAGCCUAGAAGUCAUAAUUGAUAGGCGUGUGUCAUGGCACAGUAAUCUGUACUUUGCUUUACGGAUUUUGUUUCGUAACCAUGUGGUGUGCAGCCUCUCAUUGAUUCCCAUAUGGCUCUAUUCUUUCUGUCAGCUCAGCACCUGCGAUGAGAUGAAGUCAUGUCCCACGCCGUAAUCCGCCACCACUUUGGGUUGAUUGGUUAGGAUAGAUAAUCUGGCCACCAUGCAGCCUCAACGGUUGCAUCAUCAAAGUCACCAGAGGGUCACAGAGUCCCAAAUCUAAAGCUCAACAAGCACACGUAGCCCAGCAGCCUUAAGUAACAAAGCAGGUCAUGGGACUGUUUAAUACGUCUAAAACAGGGAUCUUUUUUUUUUUUAAAUGUGGCAAUAUGCAACGAUUAGGACCAGUCUGUGUUCAUUAAUACUUGAGAGUUUUGGUUGUAGUCUGAUUUCAGAAAUUAAGGCCUGCUUUUAUUGGGCCUUCACAUGAUAAACAUGGGUCUGAACAUCUCAUUUGGGUACUGGGCUGAGAAACCAAUUGUGCAAAAUCUGACUCCUAAAACACGUUUUCGGUAGAUUUUGUACCACAGCUAUCUAAUCAUUGGGUUUAAAGUACUUGUAUUUAGACACAAAUAUGUAGACGUGAUUGCUAAAUUGAAACUUUUACUGUUAUGUGUAGAUCUGUGUGGCUUUAUGAUUUUAUUUUUUGAUUUUAUGUUUUUUUUCCUUAAAUGCUACACUAGUUUGACAUGUAGCAACUGCACUGUGCAAUAUACAACAAUAUGAGGACUGGGAAAAUGAUUAUCGUUUGGAUGUAAUAAUGUGUGUCUUACCAGUUUGCGGUCGUUUUCUUUUCCCCCCUCUAGUUCUCAGUGAGUUUCAAUGUGACCAAGCCUUAUGUACUUUGUCACAAAAAGCGGGUUCCUUCUUGGUGACUCUUCUUGGUGAGUGUCAAAUUAUGAAUUGAUGGUGUACUAUGUUAAGAUUCACUUUGAAUUAAAAAAGAUCUUUUGCUUCA